AUGCUGCGCUGCAUGCCGCCGCUCUGGCGCUGCAACCGGCACGUGGAGGCGCUGGACCGGCGGCACUGCUCGCUGCAGGCCGUGCCCGAGGAGAUCUACCGCUACAGCCGCUCGCUGGAGGAGCUGCUGCUGGACGCCAACCAGCUCCGGGAGCUGCCCAAGCCUUUCUUCAGGCUCCUGAACCUGCGCAAGCUGGGCCUGAGCGACAAUGAGAUCCAGAGGCUGCCCCCCGAGGUGGCCAACUUCAUGCAGCUGGUGGAGCUGGACAUCUCCCGCAACGACAUUCCAGAAAUUCCUGAGAGCAUCAAAUUCUGCAAAUCCCUGGAAAUCGCAGACUUCAGUGGGAAUCCUCUCUCCAGGCUGCCCGAGGGCUUCACCCAGCUCCGGAGCCUGGGCCACUUGGCCCUGAACGAUGUGUCCCUGCAGAGCCUCCCCACUGACAUUGGGAAUUUGGCAAACCUGGUGACUUUGGAGCUGCGUGAGAACCUGCUAAAGACUCUCCCCACCUCCCUCUCCUUCCUUGUCAAGUUAGAGCAGUUGGAUCUCGGUGGCAAUGACCUGGAAGUGCUGCCGGACACUCUGGGCGCGCUCCCGAACCUGCGCGAGCUGUGGCUGGACCGGAACCAGCUCUCGGCAUUGCCACCAGAGCUGGGCAACCUGCGCCGUCUGGUGUGCCUGGACGUGUCUGAGAACAAGCUGGAGCAGCUGCCCAACGAGGUCAGCGGGCUGGUGGCACUGACGGACCUGCUGCUGUCACAGAACCUGCUGGAAUGCAUUCCCGAUGGGAUCGGUCAGCUGAAGCAGCUCUCCAUCCUCAAGGUGGACCAGAACAGGCUGACUGACAUGACAGAGUCCAUUGGGGACUGUGAAAACCUGUCUGAGCUCAUCCUGACUGAGAACAUGCUGACGGCCUUGCCCAAGUCCCUGGGCAAGCUGGCCAAGCUGACCAACCUGAACGUGGACCGGAACCGUCUGACAGCACUGCCAGCAGAGAUCGGAGGCUGUGCCAACCUCAACGUGCUGUCCCUGCGCGACAACCGCCUGGCACUGCUGCCCCCCGAGCUGGCCAACACCACCGAGCUGCACGUGCUCGACGUGGCUGGCAACAGGCUGCAGAAUUUGCCCUUUGCUUUGACAAAUCUUAAUCUGAAAGCCCUGUGGCUGGCAGAAAACCAGUCCCAGCCCAUGCUGAAGUUCCAGACCGAGGAUGAUGAGAAGACAGGAGAAAAGGUUCUCACUUGCUACCUGCUUCCCCAGCAGCCCUCUCCCAGCCUGGAGAACCUGCUGCAGAACAGCGUGGAUGAGAGCUGGACAGACAGCAACUUGAACAGAGUCAGUGUGAUCCAGUUCCUGGAUGAACCCAAGGGGGAUGAGGACGAGGAGUCUGGAGCUGAGAGACGGGGCCUGCAGCGCAGAGCCACCCCUCACCCCAGCGAGCUGAAGGUGAUGAAGAAGGUGAUCGAGGUGCGGCGCAGCGAGGUGAACGCUGCCAAGGCUGAUGCCAACCCCAGCUCUCCCAACUCGGAGGAGAAGAGGCUGAGUGCCACGUCCAACCGCAGCGAGGACUCUCACCUGUCUGCCAGCACGGCCUCUGUGGAGGGCAGGGCAGAGGACAGGGACAGGGACAGGGGCUGGCCCAACGGGCAGCUGCCUGACCUGCACAGGGAGCUGCACAAGGAGGGCAAGCCCAGGGCCCAGGAGGAGCACCAGGAGGCUGCUGACCACGAGGAGGAAGAUGUGGAAGUGGAAUACAAUGAGCCCACCGUGCACUUCGCCGAGGACACGCUGAUCCGCAGCGAGGAUGAGGAUGAGGACGAAGAGCGGCCGUUCCCCGUGGAGAAGCAGAGGCUCAUCCGCAAGGACACGCCCCAUUACAAGAAACACUUCAAGAUCACUAAGCUGCCCAAGCCAGAGGCAGUGGUGGCUCUUCUGCAGGGGCUGAACAACGAUGGGGUUCCCAAAGAGGAAGAGGAGCUGGGAGGCUGCAAUAAUAACACAGAGCCCAGGGAUCAGGAGGAAGCGUGGGAUGAGGAUGACAGAAAGAAUGGAGCUCUGUCUGCUCAGCCAUCCGUGAAGGGGGUGUCGUUUGAUCAAGCCAAUAAUCUGCUGAUUGAACCUGCUCGCAUUGAGGAGGAAGAGCUGACCCUGACCAUCGUGCGGCAGACAGGCGGGCUGGGCAUCAGCAUCGCCGGGGGCAAGGGCUCCACGCCCUACAAGGGGGAUGACGAGGGCAUCUUCAUUUCCCGCGUGUCCGAGGAGGGUCCUGCAGCUCGGGCAGGGGUCCGUGUUGGUGACAAGCUCCUGGAGGUGAAUGGCGUGUCCCUGCACUGUGCCGAGCACCACGUGGCGGUGGAGGCGCUGCGGGGCUCGGGCAGCUCGGUGUCCAUGACGGUGCUGCGGGAGCGGAUGGUGGAGCCCGAGAACGCCAUCACGGUCACGCCGCUGCGGCCCGAGGACGACUACAGCCCCCGGGAGCGGCGCGGGGGGCUGCGCUUCCCCGAGGGCCCCGAGGCGGCCGCCGAGCGCUUCUCCACCUGCCUCAUGCGCAACGAGAAGGGGCUGGGCUUCAGCAUCGCCGGGGGCCAGGGCUCCACGCCCUACCGGGCUGGGGACACGGGCAUCUUCAUCUCCCGGAUUGCAGAGGGUGGGGCAGCCCACCGGGACGGGAUCCUGCGCGUCGGGGACAGAGUCAUCUCGAUCAAUGGGGUAGACAUGACAGAAGCCAGGCAUGAUCAGGCCGUAGCGCUGCUUACCGCAGCCUCCCCCACCAUCGUGCUGCUGGUGGAGAGAGAGGCCAGGGCAGAGGAGCAGCCCGGCGAGGGGGGCUCGCCCCACGCCCGCAUGCACUCCCCACCGCCGCCGCCGGGGCCAGGGGACAGCCUGCCUGAGGAGACACCCAGGAACCACCUGAGCAAAGGGCUGGAGGAUCAGUACCCCAUCGAGGAAAUCCGCCUGGUGAAAGCAGGGGGUCCUCUGGGCCUCAGCAUCGUCGGGGGCAGUGACCACUCCAGCCAUCCCUUCGGGAUUCAUGAGCCAGGUGUCUUCAUCUCCAAGGUGAUCCCGCGGGGGCUGGCGUCGCGCAGCGGGCUCCGCGUCGGGGACAGGAUCCUGGAGGUGAACGGCACCGACCUGCGCCACGCCACGCACCAGGAGGCUGUGAACGCCCUGCUCUGCAACAGCCAGGAGCUCAGCAUGCUGGUCCGCAGAGACCCCCCGCCCCCUGGCAUGCAGGAAAUAUGCAUUGAAAAAGCUCCAGGAGAGAAGCUGGGCAUCAGCAUCCGGGGUGGAGCCAAGGGCCAUGCUGGCAAUCCCUUUGAUCCCACUGAUGAGGGCAUCUUCAUCUCCAAGGUGAGCUCCUCGGGGGCUGCAGCCCGGGACGGCCGCCUGCAGGUGGGCAUGAGGAUCCUGGAGGUGAACCACCAGAGCCUGCUGGGCAUGACGCACACCGAGGCCGUGCAGGUGCUGCGCGCCGUGGGCGACGCGCUGCUCGUGCUGGUCUGCGACGGGUUCGACCCCAGGGCUGCUGCUGCCAUCGAGAUGUCCCCAGGAAUCAUUGCCAACCCUUUUGCUGCUGGCAUCGGGCGCAAGAACAGCCUGGAGAGCAUCUCCUCCAUCGACCGGGACCUGAGCCCCGAGGAGCUGGAGAUCCUGCAGAAGGAGAUGGAAAUGGUGAGAGAAGCCACUCAGUGGGAGAGAGAAGAAAUGGAGAAAGUGGAGCGGAUGCGUAGGGAGCGGGAGGCGGCCACGCAGCAGCUUGAGGAGGAAGCAGAGAACGUCCCCAGCGAGCCCCUGCGCCUGGACUACAGAACCCUGGCAGCGCUGCCCAGCAGUGGCCUGCAGAGAGGCAACCGUGCUCCUGUUGAGUGCCCUAAGCCCAGCUGCAGCAUGGAGGGUGACUGCGCCGUGCUGUCCCCGCGGGGGUGGCACGGCCAGGCAGCGUCACCGGAGCCAGCAGUGGGCACAGCCGGGCCCCCCCAGCUCCCCACGCCUCCCCAGCAGCCCCAGGCAGACCAGCAGGACCCCGAGGGCUGCCCCUUGUCCCAGGAGCAGCUGCCAGAGGCACCAGAGUGUCUGAUCGACUCGCAGCCCAUCCCCUUCAGUGAGAACCCCUUUGUGGUGGCCAACCGCAGGGGCAAGGCUGGCCUGGGGGGGCCUCCCCUGGGCUAUGGCAGGGGGGGCGUGCUGAAGACCAGCCUGUACUCCAAGGCUCCCGUGGGCGAGUCUGGGACAGGAAAUUCCAGGCGUGAAUCCCCCUAUUCUCCCAGUAAUCCUCAGGCUUCCAUUAACUUCAUUACAUCACAGGAUGACAGUAAAUCAACCAAGCCUGGCGUCAUCCAGCCUCUCUCCCGCGUGCGACCGAGCGCUGCUGUGGCACUCAGGGCCGAGGAGGGGGACAGCCCCAACCCCUUCCAGCAGCCCCAGCCCUGCUUCAGGACCCACAGCUCUCCAAAGCCAUCACCACCGUCGCCACCGUCCCCUGACGAGGUGCCCAUCAAUGUCAAGCAGGCCUACAAGACCUUUGCAGCAGUGCCCCUGUCCCAGCCCCUUCUGGGGACACAGGAAUUGUCUGGUCAGAGCAGCACAGAAAACACCAAACUGGCCUUGGAGGUGGCCGCCCAUAGCCCUGGGGGACAGCACAGCCCUGAGCAGAGGUCCUUCCGUGAGAGGCAGAAGUAUUUUGAGAUUGAGGUGAAGCAGCAGCACCUGGACAAGCCUCCCAAGCGCGUGUCCCUGGUGGGGGAGGACGACCUAAAGAAGAUGAAGGAGGAGGAGGCCCGCAAGCUGCAGCAGCAGCGAGCCCUUCUGCUGGAGGAGGAAGCUGAGGAGGAGGAGGAGGGCAGGCAGGCGCCCGAGGCCCAGUCCAGCGUCAUCAUCGAGGGCGUGGAGUACAAGGUGGAGAGGCUGAAUGGAAGGAGCAGCCAGGCUCCAGCAGCUCGGCCCUUGGAGCUCAGUGAGAACAGCAACUCACAGAGGAAUUCCCUGGAGGAGGGGAUCAAGCCUGAGCACCGAACCAACUCCAUGUCGGGGUUAACCCUCGCGGAGCCCGGCGCUCCCGUGCGCACGGCCAAGGCGGAGCGGCGGCACCAGGAGCGGCUGCGGAUGCAGAGCCCCGAGCUGCUGGCCCAGCAGGACAAGGAGCUGUCCCCUGCUGAACGCCGGGCCCUGGAGGCCGAGAAACGGGCCAUGUGGAGGGCAGCACGAUGCUCAGCCCUUGAAGACAGUGUUAAGCAGUACGAGCAGGACCUGGCCAGGAGGCUGUACCAGUCCAGGCAGAGAGCUGCUGCUGCCCCAGGGCAGAGCCACCCCUCGAGAGCCACCCCUGGGGCAGGAGGAGGCCAAUCCAGGAUGAAGUCCCUGGAGCAGGAUGCCCUCAAGGCCCAGAUGGUCAUUGCCAAGUCCAAGGAGGGGAAGAAGAGAAGCACCCUGGAGCAGCUGGCAGAGUCCCCGUCCCCUGCGCCCACCCCGUCACCCACGCCGCUGGAAGAUUGCAGCCCCAGGAACGUCACCUCCCCAGGAAGGCUGUCAAUGUCUGAAAAGAAGUUUGACUACCGGGAAUUUGCUGCUAUUCCUUCCUCCAAACCUGUUUACGAAAUCCAGUCCCCUGAUGCAGCUGAUGACCUCAGACACGUGGAUGAGCGCAGUAACUCAGUUCCCCGGGAGCAGGACGGGCAGCCAGAGGAGGAGGAGGAGGCCCUGGGAGCAGGGGAUCCAUCAGCAGCAGCUCCCUCAGCCCUGGAGGACAUGGCUCUGUACAGCAGCAAGAGGAAGCUCCGGCACAGCCGGCGCAGCCUGGAGACCGCUGUCCCCACAUAGGUGACCCUGGGCACUGGACUGGCCUGGCACUGGCCUGGCCUGGCACAGCCCCUCAGGAGCUCCAGGGACAGCAGCAGGCUGCCCCCCUGCCUACAGACUCUGCAUGGGACCGAGCUCCCCGUGAGCUCUGUGGCCAGCUGACUCCUCUGGGGCUGCGAGCCGCCCUCGUCUCUCACCCAACAGUGCACUGGGGCACAUCCCAAAACUGGGACAACACUGGACUGACUGCUGGCAGAUGGAGAGGAAGGGCAGCCAAGACAGUGGGCAGCUUUUUAGCCUGUAAAUAAUUGUGUGUGGGGAAGAGUAGGACAGGGAGAAUGUAGGAGUGUGAGAGUGUGUUGGGCUCCAGCUGUUACUGCCUCAGCUUGGGUUUUGUAGUGGUUAAAAGGAGCUUCUCCUCUGGUGGGAAUCAGGAGGAAGGUCUAGCCUGCCUUUACUCCUAUUUAAUUUCCAGUCUUUUGCCAAAAAGCAUCUCCUCCCAGCUCCUGCACUGUGUCACCUCACUUCCCUUUGGGAGUGUUUGGGAAUGGGAAGCUUGGAGGCAAAAAGAAGGAAAAAAAAGAGAAAAACCCACCAGAAUUCCAGCAAAGUGCCUCCCUCUGCCACUGGCACUCUGUGCUCAAGGCAAACAGAGCCAGCUCGCUGCCACCUGCCUUUGUUCUGGUGGGACUCUGCUCCUGCUGGGGCUUUGUGCUGUCCUGGGACAGCUCCCUCCCCGGAUGGGCACGUCCCCUUUGUCACCACUGCAGAGCACACGAGUGGAGGAGUCUCUGCUGUGGCACUGGGGCUGAACUGGUCACUGGGGCAGGAAUGGGACGGGGCUGAGAGCCAGAGCAGGGGUGUAGGGGUGUGUGACAGCAGUGGGGCAGGACAGGGGGCAGAGGUGGGAGGCGUGACAGCAGGUACCUUAGUGGGUAGAGUUCAGGAACUGGGGGUGGGUAGAAUGUGGAGUUGCUGGGGUCAGGUUGGGACUUACAGGAUCCUACACAUGGAGAUGCUGGUGGGGAGUCCACAGUACCCACAGUGCUGGCUGUAGGGUGGGGUGGGAUGUCACAGGUGCCUGGUGUGGUGUGGGCUGGCAGGGAGCACCAGGAGCACGAUGGGGCUGGCGUGUGCCUUGCAAUAACCACACUGUUCCACUUUCCAGCUCAGUGGCUUCAGGCCCCUUCCCAUGGAGGACAGGGAAAAUGCACAUUUGCCCACACAAGAGGGAAAAAGGAAAAUGAGUGGGGGUGUGAGCCUUGGUUUCCACAGGUUCUGAAUCAUGUGAGCUCUGCAGAUGUGGAGGUCACAGCUGCUGCUCCCAACUCUGCCAUCAGCCUCUGCUGCCACUAGUGAGGGGAAACAACCCUUUUCAUUUUUAUCACUGCCUCUCACCGUGAGGAAGGUCCGAGCUCGGCACAAUCCCCUUCCCUGUCCAUUGGUGCUCUCUGACUCCCCAGUAAGAGCAGGGUUGGACCUUGAGCCUCACAGUGGCUGGGCACUGACAGGCACAUCUGCUUGUACAUUUGCUGAAGGAAAGAGCUGGAUGCAGUUUUUUGGGUGCAGUUUUUCAGUUGAGCCUCUCAUGCCAAAAUCCAGCGGAUCAUUUUAACUGACUCUGUACAUUUUGAUUUUACAGACUUGUGAAGGGGAACUCUGAUAAUCUCACGCUGCAGCUGCAGCUGCCUCCAUCAUCAGCAAUUUGAGCUUUUCCUUUUUAAAUCUAAUUUUAGCAUUUGCUUUUUAACAAGAGCAGUUUUGGAAACAAUCCUGGCUGGGUUUUGGUGACUAACUUGUGAUUCUUCUCUCCUUUCCCUGUGCGGUACCUGGUGCCAGGCUCUGGAUUCUCUCCCGUUCUCUCCCAAGAGACUCCGAGGGAAAAUUAGCGCAUCAAGACUGUAACUAGUGAAAUUUGUACAACCAAAGAAAUCUAUUUUGUGGUUCAAGGAUAAUAAAGUUUACUUUACAUUUUA